AGACUUUAAUUCUCUGUGUUUUAUAGUUCAUUUUAUUUUAUAUUUUCGUUUCUAUUUACAUUUCGUUUCAAUGACUUAAAAUCAACAUGCUUUGAUAUGCAAUUUAAUUCUUAGUUUGGAAAUUGAGUGACAUGUUUCAAUCUGUUGGGUAAUUAGUGACAUUCUACCUUAUUCAUAAUGUAUGUUCUUAAUUGUUAUAAUCAGAUUAUCAUUUAAUAUCUAUUCUUCAAGUUCUAAAAAUAGUUUAAUCUUUGUCAGUGAACAAUAUCACUCAAAUUAAUUGUUAUUUGUUAUGUCUAUACUUGUUAAUUCAAUUCUGUAUAAAUACUUGUUUAUAAUUUCUAUAAGCAAGAUUCGGAUUCAGGACUUUACCCUGAACACAGUCCAUCCGUAAUAAAAGUAAAAGUAUUCCAUGCUGAAUUAUUGGUUUAUGUAUCGCUAGUUCCAGAGUCUCCGUAGUUAGUUUUCACCAGAGUUCCAGUGUCAGAGUUCUCAUUGCUAUUCACAGCAAUCAUUCGUUCGUGUGAUCAGGUGCAUCACACAAUUGGUGGACGACGACGACGUGCUGACUUCUAUGCUCAGCACACGAUCAAGAGACCUUAAGCAGCCAAGCGAGUUCCCCAGAUAAGUAGCGUAGACAAUAUUCAGUGAUGGAGUACAGCUUUCGACCACAAUGGAGACCAUGGAACAUCCAGUCAGGUUAUAGUCCAGCAUGUGGGAGGUGUGGCAAAUUUCACAAACAUUAUAUUUGUAACUCUUUCAAUCAGAGAUGUUACUCGUGCGGAAAAUUCGGACAUUAUUCUAGUAAGUGUUUUUCUAAAGUUACAAAGGACAGCAAAAGUAAAUCUGUUAGUGUGAAAUCCAGAAAACAGAAAGAGCGCGAUACAGCUAGGAUAAACAGCUAUAUUCAGUGUAAAAAUAUUAUCCGUGCUUUACCAUUCUCUGGUAUGCGUAAUUCACCGUUCAUUCAAUAUUUGGAUAUUUCAAAUGUGCUCAAAACAGAAUUAAAAAGUGUGAAACAGAAACAUAUCAAGGAAAGGAAUACAAAUCUAGAACAGCAAAAGUGCAUCGAGGCACUCAAAAUUCAAUUAAAGAAUACGCAAAUCAUCAUAUCAGAAAGAGACCAAUUCAAGCAAGAACUUGAAAACCUGCGUCAACAGAAAGAAGAAAGUGCUUCGCGCAUAAACGUACAGGAAUAUGUGGAUCAAAUUCAAGAAUUAAAGGACCAAGUAAUCGAAAAAGACGGGACUGUUAAAAUGGUGCAAGAUCUUUACUAUAUGCGUUCGACCGAAUUUUCGGAUGAAAUCCAAUCAUUGAAAAAUGAAAAACAAGCGUUAGAAAAAGAAAAAGCAGACCUAUGUUCAAAGGUUAAUCUUCAAGCGGACUCGAUUUCUCAAUUGACUUUUCAACUUCAGGACCUUAACCACGAACUCCAUCUUGUAUCCCGUCAAAACCAACAGCGUCCCAAUUACAACAACAGACACUAUAACAACCGCAGAGGAGGCCGAUUCAUAUAGUGCUAAGUCCGAGGACGGAAUUAAUUGGGAGGAGAGGCAUAUGUGACAGUGGAAAAAGCAGCUUCAGUUUAAUAUUUGGACUCUAAUAUCAAAUUCUCAAUUUUAAUAUUUUAGACUUUAAUUCUCUGUGUUUUAUAGUUCAUUUUAUUUUAUAUUUUCGUUUCUAUUUACAUUUCGUUUCAAUGACUUAAAAUCAACAUGCUUUGAUAUGCAAUUUAAUUCUUAGUUUGGAAAUUGAGUGACAUGUUUCAAUAUGUUGGGUAAUUAGUGACAUUCUACCUUAUUCAUAAUGUAUGUUCUUAAUUGUUAUAAUCAGAUUAUCAUUUAAUAUCUAUUCUUCAAGUUCUAAAAAUAGUUUAAUCUUUGUCAGUGAACAAUAUCACUCAAAUUAAUUGUUAUUUGUUAUGUCUAUACUUGUUAAUUCAAUUCUGUAUAAAUACUUGUUUAUAAUUUCUAUAAGCAAGAUUCGGAUUCAGGACUUUACCCUGAACACAGUCCAUCCGUAAUAAAAGUAAAAGUAUUC